AUGGACAACAAAUCCUGUCUGGCCCCACAGGCCUUGGUGGCCACCGUGGUGCCUCCUGUCAUGAUAAUAGAGUUCCUGCUGGGGCUGCCAGGGAACGUCAUGGCACUGUGGAUCUUCUGCUGCCGUCUGCAGGCCUGGAGGUCCAACACUGUCUACUUGCUAAACCUGAUGGUUGCCGAUUUCCUGCUGCUAGCUGCUAUGCCCCUUCGCAUCGACACCCUGCUGCGUGGGGAGAACUGGAUCUUCGGUGACACCUUGUGCCGCAUCGACCUCUUCCUUCUAACAGUCAACCGCUCAGCCAGCAUCAGUUUCCUGACCAUUGUGGCAGUCGACCGCUACUUCAAGGUGGUCCAUCCGCACCACCAAGCCAACCGGAUGACAGCCCAGCAGGCAGGCCUGUUGGCAGGCGCGGUGUGGGCAGCUGUGGUUCUGGUGAGGGUCCCGCUCCUGUCGAACCGCCUCCUGUGGAACCACGGCAACCAGAGCUUCUGCCGCAGCUUCAGCUCCAGCUGGGCACUGUCGGCGGGGAUGUGGCUGCACUAUGUCAUGUACUUGGCCGAGUUCUUCCUGCCGUUCCUCCUGCUGGUGUUCUGCGCCGUGCGCAUCUCCUGCACCCUGCGGCUGCGAGGGUUGGUCCGGGCGCGGCAGGUGCGGAGGGCAGUGCGGGUGGUGCUGGUGAUCGUGGCCGUGUUUACCCUCUGCUUCCUCCCAGGCGUGACCACCUACCUGGCUGCCCUCCUCAUCCACUGGUUCCAGCCCCAGGAUUGCGAGGCCUACCUGCUGGCUGGCGAGCUCUUCAGCUUGUCCCUUGGGUUUACCUACCUGAACAGCGCCCUUGAUCCAGUCAUCUACUGCUUCUCCAGCUCCACGUUCCGCAAUGGCCUGAGUACCUCUAUCAAUGCAGUGGGCUUCUUCGGGUUCGACCUGGGUCAUAGAGACAGCACAACUAGUAACAGAAGAGAGGAUAGACCAUGUUCAUGA